GAAGGAGGAUCUGGCUGAGACCACGGUGCUCACUUGUUGAGGAUCUUUAGCCAGUGCUGCGUGCGUGCUUUUCAUUUUAUUCUUUCUCCCCUUGCCCCAGAGCCAUGGCGUACCUGCUGUUGCUCUCAUGCCUCUUGCCAACAGUGGCAUCUGCUCAGUGUAGCCAUCAAGAAUUUGAAUGUCAAUAUCUUUGCCUUGAAAUGAAUGGAAAAGUAUUUGUCACUCAGCGGCAAUCAUUCUUCAAAUAAAAGGUCACUGGAAGGACUGAGCGCAUUCAGGAGCCUGGAGGAACUCAUCUUGGACAACAAUCUGCUCGGGGACGACCUGGUGUUGCCAGGGUUACCCCAGCUCCACACCUUAACCCUCAACAAGAACCGAAUCACUGACUUGGAGCGUCUGCUCGAUCACCUGGCAGAAGUGACGCCAGCUCUGGAAUACCUCAGCCUGCUGGGUAAUGUUGCAUGUCCCAAUGAGCUGGUCAGCUUGGAAAAGGAUGAGGAAGACUACAAGCGAUACAGAUGCUUUGUUCUGCACAAGCUGCCUAACUUGAAGUUUCUGGAUGCCCGGAAAGUAACCAGACAAGAAAGAAAAGAGGCAUUGGUCAGAGGGGCCUUCAUGAAGGUGGUGAAGCCCAAGGCUUCCAGUGGGGACCUUGCUGCCUCUGCCUCUCCUGAGAUGCACCACUACACACCCCUGCCUUCUGCUUCCAGAGAACUCACCAGUCACAGAGGAGUCCUGGGGAAGUGUCGCUAUGUUUACUACGGGAAAAAUUCAGAGGGCAACAGGUUUAUCCGAGAUGACCAGCUCUGAAGCCAAGUUCUGUAUGCCUUAGCCUAUUUCAUGAAAAUAAAAAGGGAAAGCAAAAAUAAAGAAAGAGCUAAAGA